CGCCAUUUCCCUGUCUCCCUCCUGCUCCCUCUCCCUUUCUCUCUCGUCUUCUCUCUCCUCUGCUCCGCUCCGAGCGAGCUCGAAUCGUCCGUCGCGUUCCAGAGAGAGAAAAUGCGGUUUCGAGAAUUGAGAUUCCUUUGACUGCCUCCGGGCGCCGCGCUUCCUCGUCUCCUGCUGACCUCCCCUUUCUUUCCUUUCUCUCUCCGCCGCGAUAAUCCGAGCUUCGCGUCCCUUGUAAAUUCAGGCGCUCGAAUUCCGCCCCUCGUUCUCCGGAUUCGGCGACCGGGAAGAAGCGGGGGCUCCAGUCGUGCAGCAGAAGCUGAUUGCAUAAUAUCAUUGCCAAGAGAGGAAUCAUCUGAGUUUUUUAGUUGGUGCUUCAUAAUGGGGAACAAUGAAGAGACGAAGUCAUCCAAAUCCGAUAAAUCGUCUUCACCAGUACCUCCGCAGGAUCAGACGGGUGUUCAUGUUUAUCAUCCUGAUUGGGCUGCUAUGCAUGCAUACUAUGGUCCAAGAGUUGCUCUUCCGCCUUAUUAUAAUUCUGCUGUAUCAUCUGGUCAUGGUCCUCAUCCCUACAUGUGGGGGCCACCACAGCCUAUGAUGCCACCAUAUGGGCCACCUUAUGCUGCAAUAUACUCACAUGGAGGUGUUUAUGGACAUCCUGCAAUUCCUCUUACUCCGACUCCCUUGGCUGCGGAAACUCCUAAAAAGUCAUCUGCUAAUUCUGAUAAUGGACUGGUGAAGAAGUUGAAAAGUUUUGAAGGGCUUGCAAUGUCAAUAGGCAGUGGGGGGGAUGCAGACAGUGCUGACGAUGGGACUGAUAAAAGGUCAUCACAGAGUGCAGACUCGGGAGACUCAAGUGAUGAGGAUCAAUCAGGGGCAGAUAAAGCCAGGAGGAAAAGAAGCCGUGAAGGAACUUCAUCCAAUGGCGAUGGAAAAUCUGAAGUGCAAGGAAAGGUUGCUGGGGAGGUGGAUGCUGCUUCUGAGAAUGUGUCCGGUGGAGCCAUCGAACGUCCCAGAGCCACGGGAAAAUUGGCUGCGCCUGUAAACUCGCCCAGCAUGUCCUCAUCAUUGGACCUGAAGAAUUCUUGCAUGGAUGCAAAUGCCAACCCUGUGAGCAUUUUGCAACCUGGUGUAGUGCCACCUGAAGCCUGGUUACAGAAUGAAAGAGAACUGAAAAGGGAGAGGAGGAAACAGUCGAACCGUGAAUCUGCUAGAAGAUCAAGACUGAGGAAGCAGGCUGAGACUGAAGAACUUGCCAAAAAGGUGGAUUCUCUGAGUGCCGAGAAUAAGGCUCUUAAAUCUGAAAUUAGUCAACUAACCGAGAACUCGGAUAAAUUGAGGCUAGAAAAUGCCACAUUGAUGGAAAGACUGGAAAAUGCACAGGGAGUGGAAAAGGCGGUUGAAUCACUGGGUAAAUUCAACGACAAUGGGCUUCUCUCGGACAAAACAGAGAACUUACUUUCAAGGGUAAACAACUCUGGUGCCGUUGAUCGAAGAAGUGAAGAUGAGGGAGAAAUUUAUGAAAGGAAGUCGAAUUCCGGUGCCAAGCUUCACCAACUUUUGGAUUCAAAACCCAGAACCGAUGCGGUGGCUGCUGGCUAACAGCUCUUUCUAAUUUAUGUUAUAUAGUUUGCCUUACUUAUUGAGCUUCGGAAAAUUUCGAAAUCAAUGUCACAGCUAACAGGAGAAGGAUGGGAUAGCUGGGUAGAGCUAGCAUCCAAGAAUAUGAGGACUCUAAUUUUAUUUGUAGUAUAGUUCUCUCAUGGCAGAACUGAUGGCUUUUUUUAUCAUGUUCGGAAUGCCGUGAUGGUCCCAGAGGCUAUGUACAUUUGGAUUUGGUUCGUAAUUGGGUGUUUUUACGGUUAUUACUGUGGACUAAUGUCAUGUAAUUAGAUCGUGCCACUUGUGAGUAAGCUUGUUCUCUACUUCAUUUUGAAGCCAACUUGACAAUGUUUACUCGAC